CCCCUCCCGGUCCCUAGGCACCAGGUAAGAAGUCCCAAUGCCUCUCUCCGGCAGCUCUGAGACAGCGUCUCCAUAAACGCUCAGCAGGAAUGACGAGUGAGGACAAGAAGCAGUUUGAGAUCUCGAACCUCGGCAAAGUAGCCGCUCAUGUCCCCGAUCUCAUAGUUUAUGGCGAUUUCUCCCAAGAAGUGCCUUUCAUUGAGAGCUUUGAUGGCGUGUUGCUCUUUGUGGACAUUUCAGGUUUCACGGCACUGACCGAAAAGUUCAGCAUGACCACCAACCUCGACCGCGGUGCUGAUGAGCUAACGCUGGCCCUUAAUAACUAUGUGGGAGACAUCGUGGAAGAGGUGUUGGUGUUUGGAGGUGAUGUCUUGAAAUUUGCAGGGGAUGCAUUGCUGGCACUCUGGAAGGUGGAGCGAUGCCAUAUAAAUGAUAUCAUCACUCUGGCACUGAAAUGUAGCUUCAGCAUCCAGCAAGAGUACGGGGUUCGCGAUACGGAGGUGGGACUGGAGCUGCGUGUUAAGAUAGGACUAUCUGCAGGUCACAUCUCAAAAGUUGUCGUCGGAGACAACAGGCACCAGUAUUUCCUGGUAAUCGGCCGGGCAGUGGAUGAAGUGCGGUUGGCCCAGAACUUGGCGAAAGCAAGUGAAAUUAUCCUGUCGCCAAAUUGCUGGGAGCUCUGCGACCGGAAACUAAUUGAGGUGGAAAAAAUCAAAGAUGAGCGAGCUGUUAAGGUUCGAUACAUUAGAAAUACCCUGGAUUUUGACACGGAGGAGUUCUUUGAUAGAUGCACACAGUACCUGUACCAAAACCGCAUCUGUGACAAUUUUGAGAUUUUGAGAAAUGCCUCUGUGUUGCCUCCAAAUGACAAACUUGAGAAGUGUUUGAGAAAAUACGUGAUGAGGAAUAUCCUAAAGAAGAUCGAUGACAACCAGCCCCUGGAAUAUUUAUCAGAGCUUCGACCUGUGACGAUCGUCUUUGUGAAUCUGCAGUUUGACGAAAGCGCCAACACUCACCAUCUCUGUAAGGCCAUCCAGGAUGCCAACACGAAGAUCGCGACGAUCAUAUACCCGCUCAGUGGCAAGAUUAACAAGGUCUUCAUGUUUGACAAAGGUUGCACGUUGCUUUGCAUCUUUGGCCUCCCUGGGGAUAAACAGUCUGACGAAGGUGCAAAUGCUCUGGACAGUGCCAAUAAAAUCCAUGCUUUCUGUUCCACGGCUCUCAUGAAAGUAAGACUUGUCUCCAUUGGAGUCACCAGUGGGCCAGUUUUCUGUGGAGUAGUUGGCCAUCGUUUGAGACAUGAAUACACAGUCAUCGGCCGGAAAGUGAACCUUGCGGCCCGAAUGAUGAUGUAUUAUCCCGGGGUAGUGACCUGCGAUGCUGUCACUUGCGUCAAAUCCAAGUUGCCAUCCUAUUUCUUUGAAGAGCUCCCGUUAAUUGAGAUGAAAGGUGUUCUGAACCCUGGGACAGUCUAUAAAUUCCUUGGGGUCACGGAGAAAACAAUGAUUUACAAAGCAUAUUUGAGCCGAGAGAGAUGCGAAUAUUACCCUUUGCUGGGCCGCAAGAAGGAGACGGACCUCUUUGAAAACUUGCUGAGUGAUUUUAAAGCCGACCGAAAAAGCCGCAUUAUCAUCUACGAAGGCCUCAUGGGAUAUGGAAAAAGCCAGCUGUUGGCUGAGAUUGCCUUCUUAGGACAAGACACAGGACACAGGGUGGUGGCGAUGGAGCUCACAAAGAUCAAUGUGUGGCAGAACUUCUUUGUCAUCCGGACCCUCAUGGCUAUGUUUCUGGGGAUUGAUACUUGCAAGACCUACGAUGCAAGACAGUAUAUCCUUGUGACCCGAAUCCGAGGAGUAGUUCAGGAAGAGUAUUUCUGCCUUCUCAACAAUCUCUAUCAUGUUAAGUUCCCCACAUCAGAAGAGGUUUCCAAAAUGAGUAAUGAAGCAAAGAAUGAAAAGCUGGAGAACAUUCUCGUCAAUAUUCUAAAGAAUGCAGUGAUGAAAGAAGUUCUCAUUUUUGUCAUUGAUGAAGCUCAGUUCAUGGAUCCGGCCUCGUGGGACUUCCUGGAGAACUUGCUAAGCGAUAUCGGCAUCUUUGUGGUCAUGUCGUUGUCUCCAUCGCCCCGCAAGGGGAGACUGCCUUGCGCCGCCGCAGCGCGGCUCAUGAGCAGUGAAGACACCACCUACGUUCAGCUAAGGGAGUUGACCCCUUCAGUCAUCGUUCAGAAGGCCUGCCAAGAUCUUGGGGUGGUCAGCAUUGCCAGGGAGCUUGAGACGUUCUUAAUACAACGAAGCCAUGGGAACCCAUUGUACUGCGAGGAACUCCUGCGGAAUCUCCACUUAAACAACGUUCUUCAGUUCCACAUGCUAGAGGAAGACGAAGAGAGAGAAGACGAAUGGGACAACCUUUUCACCGUUACUGCUCUCAAGACUCAAACCUCCAGGACCUCCAGUGAGUCGGAUUCAUACAUUUGCACCAUCACACAGAACGUGAAGAUGCACAACAUAAUGCUCCCUCCGACAUUAAAAGGGAUUGCUCUGGCUGAGUUGGACAACAUGAACCCUUCUGAGCAGAUGGUGGUGAAAUGUGCAGCUAUUAUUGGUGUGACCUUCUCUACAGAGUUGCUGUUCCACAUCCUCCCUGAAUGGACCAAGAUGAAGAUGAACCAGACCUUGGCAGCCCUGGUGGAAUCUCACAUCUUCAAGUGUUUUAGGGAAAGGAAAGAAAUGAACACCAACCAAAUUCAGGAUGAACUUUCUAAUGAGCUCUGCUUCUCCCCCAAAGCUGUGAAAUCAAUGGGACAAGAGUCCGAUCUUGGAAUGGUCGUUGCCAACAGGCUGAAGCAAGAGGAGUCCGUGAUGCAGUGUAAGGUGAUGGCAUUUUGCACACCCCUGCUGCAAGAAGCAGCCUACGAGCUGUGGCUUAAGAGCCAGAAGAGAGCCCUGCAUCUCAAAUGCGCCAGUUACCUGGAGAGCCAGGCUCACCGAUGCCUGUGCUGUGGAGGAGGAGACUUCAUCCCCUUCCACCGCUACGCCGUGGAUGGCAUGCUGCACAACAUAGACCCGCAGGGAACGAAAGCGACCAGAAGCAAGGAAAGCAUCCUGAACGAGGCUGCCUCGAUCAUCGUUUCCGUAACGCUGAAAAAACUGGAGCAAACAGAUCAAGGAGGUCUGAAUGAAGAUGCCUCAAUGUUUGUUCCGUUCCAAUCUUCAGGCAGCAUUGUAGGAUCUUCUCCAACAUCAGAAACAGUAUACCUAUCCAGCGUUAAACAGUGUGCUUCAGAGCGUUUUCUAGGAUCAAGUAACGAAAUUCUUGUUUCUAACACCUGGAUGGAAAAUAGAAUCACAAGACGCAAUCUUAGCAAAGAUGAGCUUCAGGGGAGACCCAGCUUGCAAGAGUCCUUUAGAGCGGAAGAUAUAGAAAUGAAGUUUUUAGAGAGGAUGGAUGAAAUCAUCAUGCUUACUGAGAUGGGCAAGAAAAGAAUCAAGAACCUGAGCUCCUGUGAAUGUGAAGAGAUUGUGGAGUACAUCAUCAUACCUUUGUCUCAACACUGCGUGGCUGUGGAAGAUACCCCUCGGGCCUUUUAUUACUUGUUGGAAUCUGCAUGUGGUUAUGUCCACCUUUCCAACAAUUAUAUGGCUUUUACGUAUCUGAACACAGCUGAGCUCAUGCUGAAAUCUGUGAGUCCCAAGCAAAGAAACAUUAGCUUGUUUGAGGAGUCAGUAUUGCACAGCCUCAAGGGAGAGGUCUCUUACAACAUGGGUCAAAUCAAUCUGGCAAAAAAACUGGUGAAGAAGGCUUUGCGUUUAUUGAAGAGAAGAUUCCCAAUGACCAUUAUAGGAGCCUUUUUCAUGUCCAUGGUGGAAACUUCCAAACACUUGUCUCAUCAGAAGAAGCAGGUUCCUUGGCAAAUGUCCAGUGGCAGGGAGAAGAAACUAGCUUUUCUGUACCAGCAAGGGCACUGCCUUUCCCUGCUGUGGCAGCUCUUCAGCCUGGAUCUUGCCAGCAGCAGCAAAAAGUUCUCCCGCUUAGCAGCUCUCAUGAAUGUGAACUGUGCAGAAGAAUCUCAAGACGAGUCCCAGAUAAUCUCCUCCUACAUGGAAUUCUCACUCUGCUGUCAGCUGAUGGGCUACCAGCAUGAAUGGAUGAAAUAUGAGUUAAUGGCUAUCCAACGUAGCGCGCACCUUCGAGUUGUUGGAGAAGAGCUCUUAAUCAUAGCUAAGCUGGCAACGUCACUAGCCUACAUGAAGCUCUGCUUGGGGAACUUGCCUUUAGCUGUCCAGCUUGGUUACCGGGCACACGAGCUGUGUGUGCAACUGAAGAAGCCCAAACUCGACUGCAUUGUUCUCAACGACCUUUUCAACGCUCUUUUUCUCAGGACAAGAUACCAGGACUCUGUGCAUGUGCUGAGCUGGCUGGAGGACUUAUCCAUGCGAGAUGAUAAUGUCAUUGGGCAGGCCUGCUUUGUGACCGGCUGUCUUGAUCUCAUGCUUUAUGCUGGUUUUUCAUUUAAGUCAUUUGACUUCUGCCUGGACUUUGUUUUGAACCAACAAAUGAACUGCAUCCUUAUGUCUCAAAACAGCAUCAUGCUUGGCCUGUAUUCUUCUCUGGCGAUUUGGUGUGGCAGACUUCAAGAGUGGGAUGACUUUAUGGAGCUGUUUGAACAGGCCAGAAGGUUGGUGAGGAGAACGAGCGCGUCGCUUUAUGCUAACCAUGGAUUCUGCAAGUUUGUGGAGUGUGAGGCUCUGCUGCUGAGAAAAUAUAUCGAGGAAAGGCCUGGGAAGGCUCGUGAGAUGCGCAACAAGAUCACAAAAAAUUUGGAACAAGCAAUUACGCAGUGCUCCACAAGCCCCGUCUACUAUUCCAGGGUUUACCAUAUGAAGGCCUACGUCCAACUCAUGCUUGGGCAGGACGAAAACAGCCAAAGCUUCCUUGAGAAGGCAUUUGAGGACAGUGAGAUGUAUGGAAACCAUUUGGAGAAAUCCUGGCUGGAAAUUACCAAGGAGUGGUGGUUCACUGGAAAAAGUCCCAUGGAAGACUACUGGUUAAAGACGGCUCCUGAUUUUCCCAUAUGGGAAGUAGGAAUGGCAGAGAAAGACGUGGGAGCCUUCCAUAAAAACAAGUAUCUGUUGAAUGUGCCAGAACUGGACAUAGACAAUCCAUUCCCAGACUCAGUGAGUGAGGAUGAGAUAAGCUGAGAUAAUUCUCAAGUGCACCAACUCUCUUCAGCAAAUCCUUUCUUCCUUUGCUAAACUCUAAUAUUUAGCCUGUCCGUCCCAUUUCCUCGUCACUUUAUCUUUUCAAAUAGAUAGCAUCCCAUAAAACCUUGCAACAGAACACUGAAAUUCAGCUUCUUCAAUGUGGAUUUCAGUAAAGCUUUGAAAUGAGA